AUGAGUUUCUGUUUCAGCCCCCCUCGACCAGUGAAGUACUUGCACUACCUCUCGGUCAAGUAUGUUCGAGGAUGCGUCGUAUGGGCCGGACUCUUGCAGAAUUGGCAUCCUCAAUCGGGAUACGAGAUCUGGCAACUCAAUGCCGAGCGCGAGCUUUACAAGAGGAGGUGGUUUGAGUGGUGGGAUAACUUCGACAUUGACUGUUUGAUCACCCCUCCUAAUGCUACUCCAGUUGUUCCUCAUAGGGGCAUGCAUAAUGCAUGUAGUAGCUGUGGCUACACCUUCAUGUUCAACCUGCUCGACUAUACCGCUGGCGUCUUGCCCGUGACACAUGUCGAGAAGACAAGGGAUCAACUGCCAGGAGGUUUUAGCCUCAAGAGUCUCAACGGCAUUGCGCAGGGUGCAUAUGAACUAUAUGAUGCGAACGCUAUGCAUGGAUUACCCGUGGGUGUUCAAGUAAUUGGCCGCCGGUUGGAAGAAGAGAACGUACUAGCAAUUAUGAAGAGAAUUGAGGAGGCUAUGGGUGACAAUACUUUUCCUUUGCUAGAUAUAGAUUAG